UAAGCAUUUACAUGAGCCGACAUAUCCAGACCUCACGUCGAUUGAUCAGGUUCAGUUCGGAGAUUUAGGCAGGGGUCUGUCACGUUAUGCCUGCUUCACUCAAUCUUCUACGCCAUUCGCUUCUCCUCGCCCUGGUAUCCAACUUCUUCCAUGCGAAGGGUGUUCUUCGACAUCGCAUCACAUGCCCUGCCAGUUCCUCGACGCUGUAUCAUUUUGAUGAAGUUCGCGCCAAUCGAAAGCCCUCCGAUCGCGAGUCGUAUUCGGGGCAAGACGAAACGGGUCUCGCCUGCCCUGUCCGGUGUCACAGCGCCCUCUAUUCUUGCUCCUCUCCUAUAGCCACCCGUCCCACCUCGCCCCGUCUACCUCAUUGUCCCUAUGUACGUGUACUACACCUGAUCCUGCCUUGAAAGAUCAGUAUUCGUAAUGGAACUAUCCUGUCGUAGGAUUUGCUCGCGCUCUAUGUGUUCACCCAGCUCUGGCGCACCUCCGCCUCUCACGGUCAUGGCCAGUACUAGUCAUUACAAGGCAACGGCUAACAGACCGCAUGGCUUCCCUUGGGUUCAGGGAGUGUUCGCAGUCGUUGAUCA